AUGACAGCAGGCCCUGCUGAUGGCACAAUCUUCCAUGUUUGCACUCAUAAAGUCCGGGAUGAAGAAGCAACAGUCACAGGAGGCUCCAGUGGCAUUGGAAAGUGCAUUGCUAUCGAGUGCUACAAACAAGGCGCAUUCAUAACUCUGGUUGCACGAAAUGAGGAGAGGCUGCUGCAGGCAAAGAAAGAAAUUGAGAAGCACUGUAUUAAUGACAAACAGGUGGUGCUUUGUAUAUCAGUUGAUGUAUCCCAAGACUAUAGCCAAGUGGAGAAUGUCAUAAAACAAGCACAGGAGAAAUUGGGCCCAGUGGACAUGCUUGUAAACUGUGCAGGAAUGUCAAUUUCAGGAAAAUUUGAAGAUCUUGAAGUUAGUACUUUCGAAAAACUGAUGAGCAUUAACUACCUGGGCAGCGUGUACCCCAGCCGAGCUGUGAUCACCACCAUGAAGGAGCGCCGGGUGGGCAGGAUCGUCUUUUUGGCGUCCCAGGCGGGACAGGUGGGACUCUUCGGUUUCACCGCCUACUCUUCGUCCAAGUUCGCCAUCAAGGGUUUGGCUGAAGCUCUGCAGAUGGAGGUGAAGCCAUAUAAUGUCUAUGUAACCGUCGCCUACCCGCCUGACACAGACACACCUGGGUUUGCAGAAGAAAACAAAACAAAGCCUUUGGAAACCCGUCUUAUUUCAGAGACCACGUCUAUUUGCACACCAGAGCAAGUGGCCAAACAGAUUGUUAAAGAUGCCAUACAAGGGAAUUUUAACAGUUCCGUUGGCUCAGAUGGGUACAUGCUCUCGUCCCUGACCUGCGGAAUGUCUCCAGUCACUUCUAUUACCGAAGGGCUCCAGCAGGUGGUCACCAUGGGCCUUUUCCGCAUGAUCUCUUUGUUUUACCUUGGAAGUUUUGACAACAUAAUUCGUCGCUGCAUGAUAGAAAGAGCCAAAUAUGGAACUGCAGACAAAACUGCCUAAACCUUGGAAAAAGAAUAUUUCUAAAUAAUAUUCAGAUGCUUUGGGCGCUUCUCAUUUUGCACUCAUGGGGAAAGGCAGCUUCCUAAAAUGUUUUUUGAAGAGAAAUAAAAUCUUAGAAGCUUUAACGUUUACAAUUUUUUUCACUAGCCAUGAUGAGUGAAGUUUCAUUCCAUUGUAGUUUAUCCUGCUCAUCUCUUCCUUUCCAGUUUUGCUUCUACUCCUCUAAUAUUUUUGUAAAAAAAAAAAAAAGACCUGUUAAAAUUUUUUGACUUGACUUUUUGAAUUCAUUCAUGAAUUAAAACAAAGAGAAAAACCAUG